AUGACUGCCCAUACUGUUCAAACUCAGGUGGUCCUCAGAGCAACAAUAUUGCAGGCGCUGCCAGUCAAACGAACUGUCCACCAAAGGAUCCUAACAUUCCUUGGAGUAAAUGUCACAUCGACAGACAAGGAUGUAUACUAUGUGAAGGACAAAAGGCGUAGGAGCAGGGGGCAGUUGGGCAGAACCCCUCAAACUGUGAGAGUGAGGAGGCAGCAUAUGCUUGAAGUGAUGUAUUUUGUUAAUAAGGAGAAGAACAUGUUGUCCAAAAUAAUUUCAGGAUCUUCGGGGACAAAUAAUUUCGGCAGUUUUGUCCCAGGAGGACUAGGUGGAGGAAUGUCUGUAGGACAGUCCACGGGAUCAGGUUCGUCAUCAGGAACAGCUAAUGGCACACCUCAAACUGGCUCUGCCACUCCAGCACCAUCUAGCUUGUCAUCUAACGGAAGUUCAUCCGCGUCAAAUACAAAGGCUGACUUAGGAGGCCCUCAGAGCAACAAUAUUGCAGGCGCUGCCAGUCAUAUGAACAACUGUCCACCAAAGGAUCCUAACAUUCCUUGGAGUAAAUGUCACAUCGACAGACAAGGAUUUAAAUCAACAACAAGACCUACCACACCAUCCACAACUACUCCAAAAAGUACCCUUACAACGACAACAACUGUGAAAUCCACAACUCAACCAACAACGCCGACAACAACUGUGAAAUCCACAACACAACCGACAACGCCGACAACAACUGUGAAAUCCACAACACAACAAACAAUGCCGACAACAACUGUGAAAUCCACAACACCACCGACAACGCCGGCAACAACUGUGAAAUCCACAACACAACCGACAACGCCGACAACAACUGUAAAAUCCACAACACAACCGACAAUGCCAACAACAACUGUGAAAUCCACAACACAACCGACAAUGCCAACAACAACUGUGAAAUCCACAACACAACCGACAACGCCGACAACAACUGUGAGAUCAACAACACAACCGACAACGCCGACAACAACUGUGAAAUCCACAACACAACCGACAACGCCGGCAACAACUGUGAAAUCCACAACACAAGCAACAACGCCGACAACAGCUGUGAAAUCCACAACACAACCAACAACGCCGACAACAGCUGUGAAAUCCACAACACAACCGACAAUGCCGACAACAACUGUGAAAUCCACAACACAACCGACAACGCCGACAACAACUGUGAAAUCCACAACACAACCGACAACGCCGACAACAGCUGUGAAAUCUACAACACAACCGACAACACCGACAACAACUGUGGAAUCCACAACACAACCAACAACGCCAACAACAACUGUGAAAUCCACAACACAACCGACAACAUCGACCACAACUGUGAAAUCCACAACACAACCAACAACGCCAGCAACAACUGUGAAAUCCACAACACAACCGACAAUGCCAACUACAACUGUGAAAUCCACAACACAACCAACAACGCAACAAACAACACCAAUAACAAGCAUUAUAAAGUCUACACAACAAACGACUUCAAAAACAUCUGUGCAAACACCACCUACAUUGCCACCUACUUCUACGUUAAUGUCGACAAUAAUCCCAAAAGCAACAGUGUUUUCAACAACACGGGCUACUACAACACCUAAACCGCCUCCACCAAUAGCAGUAAUGUCUUCUACAGUUCAAAAAAUAGCAACGUCAGUUACACAAUCUGCAACAACAACUGUGAAACCUGUAAUAACUACAACCACACCGAAGACUACUAUACCAACUUCAACUACAACUACUUUGAAACCUACAACAACUACAAAGCCUGCAACAACAACCAUCACAACUACUCAAAAACCCACAACUACGCUUAAACAGACCAGUACAACCACUGCAUUCAAUGGUAUAUGUCCACCCUUUCCGGAUAGCUGUCCCUCGGCACCUGGAUGCGCUACCUUAGAUGUAAACUUUUGUCCAAAAUGUAACUGCGGAGCGGAUUUUACGACAACUACCGCGAAGUUUACCGGAUGUCAGCAACAGCAAUGUCUGCUUGACUGUGGAAAUCCACCAAAAUAUAAGAAAGAUCAACAUGGAUGUGACGUCUGUCUCUGUGACUUUGGGCGAUAG